AUGGCAGAUCCUGCUGUAACAAUUCUGUCCAAGAUCCUCCGUGGGCAUGUAGAUGACCUACUCCGUGAUUCAUCGCCCAGCCAGGACCAGAUUGUGGCCAAGUGGCAGGACUUACUGUCCAGUACUGGUAGCGAUGUCACGGCAAAUGUCAUUACGGAGAUUGAACUUACAGAGCUGCGGGUCAUGAUAGCCCAUGCUGUAGUUAAUCCCCUGCGGGCAGAUUUAGAUGUAGAUCGAGACAAUAAGCUAGCAAAAUAUUUCCACGGUUCCUUCAUUCGUUUAAUAUCAGAGCCGGCCACAUUUGUUGACAGGCACGGAAGGAUUCUCGCUUGGUAUUUGCCAGAAAUCAUGGUGCCUGAUAGAAUGGAUCGUGUCAACCAGUCCAUCAAAUUGCUGAGACCUGCCUUAGAUCAGUCUUUGCCCAAGCCAACUCAGAAGGCAAAGCAGCCUUGGCGUUCUCAAGGAUUUGUCAUGCCUUCAGGUGGGGGAGAGUUUGGAGUAGGAAGGGUGACCUUAUGCCCCGGAGGAUUCAUGCAACGUCAUGAGCGGCUUCAGGAUGACUUGUACCAAUCAGGCACUCUUUCUUUACCUGCGGUCCGAGAGUGGUUGUCCGAAAUAACGGUAGCUGAACAUUUGUGGUCCGCUAUCACCAGUGUUAUUGCGCCAGAUCAAUAUCAGGCCGGCGUGGAAUCAGUUGCUAAUAUGAAGGAUAUGGUUCGUACUUCGGAUCCCAUUGUCUGGCCCUCAGAGUUUUCUGGAUUGGAAGUUAUCGUCAAUCGAGAGACCCCAAGUCAUCGAGACCCUGGAGCGUCGCCUUCAUUUUAUGACCUUUUGGUGAGCCUUGGCAAAGCUCACCAUGCCAUACUAGCUCUGCCAGAUCUGGGUGCUGAGCUAGCAUAUCCCCCUUGUUACGCACUCAAAUAG